UACGGCUGGGACCCAGUUUGACCUUCGAACGCUGAGAGCCGUACGUGUGCUGAGACCACUGAAACUUGUCUCAGGAAUCCCAAGUUUACAAGUUGUUCUCAAAUCCAUCAUGAAGGCAAUGGUACCCCUCCUUCAGAUUGGCCUCCUCCUUUUCUUUGCCAUUGUGAUGUUUGCUAUCAUUGGACUGGAAUUCUACAUGGGCAAGUUUCAUAAAGCCUGCUUCUCCAAUGAAACAGGUGAGAGACUGGGAGAUUUCCCGUGUGGUGAAGACUGGCCCGCUAGGCGCUGUGAAGAAGGAACAUGCAAAAAAUACUGGGAGGGUCCCAACUUUGGGAUCACCAACUUUGACAAUAUCUUGUUUGCUGUGCUCACCGUCUUCCAGUGCAUCACCAUGGAGGGAUGGACCGAUAUCCUCUAUAAUCUCCUUAAGAGCUCGCUCCUGCUGGUUUCCUAUUAUGAAGGAGAAGAGUGCUCCAUGGAGAUGGGGGAAGAAGAGGAGGAACUUCCUCUGAUGGAAGAAGGCAUAUACCACUUGCGUUAG